AAAAACAUACAACGAAAACAACUUCUUUCAGACAAAAACAAAAAUGGCAGAGGACUUCAAAGUGGAGGAACAUCGGCCAGACGAAUCGGGUUCCAAAUUUUACGUAAUAGUUCUUACAGUAUUUGCAACAAUUGGAGGACUAUUAUUCGGCUAUGAUACGGGAAUUAUUUCCGGAUCAAUGCUUCUCAUUCGGGAUGACUUUCAAUUAAGUGAAAUUUGGCAGAGUGCGAUCGUCAGUUCUACCAUUGGUGCAGCAGCCGUGUUUGCCCUCAUCGCCGGAGUCCUUGUGGACAAAAUUGGGCGAAAGAAGGUCAUCAUGUUGGCUAGUUUUGUGUUCACUGUUGGAGCAAUCGUUAUGGCCAUUUCGCCUGUGGAUAAAAAAGAAAUUCUUCUUGUUGGACGGUUAAUUGUGGGUGCUGGAAUUGGGUUUGCUUCUAUGUCCGUUCCUGUUUAUGUGGCUGAGGCAGCUCCCUCUCACAUCCGUGGAUCACUAGUCACCGUGAAUCAGCUCUUUAUCACAGUGGGGAUCCUUUUGUCUAGUAUCAUUGCCGGGGCCUUCAGCACUGACAAAGAAAACGGAUGGAGGUAUAUGUUAGGGAUUGCUGGUGUCCCCAGUGUCAUCCAGUUCUUUGGCUUCUUCUUCCUUCCUGAGAGUCCGAGGUGGCUAGUAGGACGGGGCAAGGUAGAGGAGGCGAGGAAGGCUCUGCAGAAGAUCAGAAAACUGGACAAUGUUGACGUCGAGUUGUCAGAAAUUGAGAAAUCUGUGGAAGAGACCAGAGAGGAGAACAAAUAUAACAUGUUCCAAUGUUUUGUUUUGAUGUUAAAAACACAACCUGUCAGACGUGCUUUAGUUUUGGGGUGUCUUCUUCAAUUUUUUCAGCAACUCUGUGGAAUAAACACUGUCAUUUACUAUAGCGGAAGUAUUCUUCGUGUUUCCGGUUUCCCUUCAAGUCUGGCUAUCUGGUUGUCCUGUAUUCCGUUUUCGGUUAACUUUCUGUGUACGUUUAUUGGAAUCUACGCCGUUGAGAAGGCGGGAAGAAGGGUUCUUACACUGCUUAGUUUUGUAGGCAUUAUCAUUGCGUUGAUUGUACUUGGUGCUGGAUUCCAGUUGUCAGAGAAAAACUCACCACCCGUUUCUCUAUAUCUUGACAAUUCCUCCUCCUGCCACUAUAAAUACGACUCUUGUAAUGGAUGCAUUAAGGAUGAAAAUUGUGGGUUUUGUUGGGAAGAUGGUAAGGAGGAUAGCACUGGCUGGUGCCUCCACGUGUACAAGGACCACCCGGAACGGUAUGCCGUGCCCGAGGUAAAUACCACGCACUAUAACGAGACCCUGUGUAACAAGACGAACUACGACACUGAGAGGUAUGACUGGGCUAAUGACUUCUGUCCCACGGAUUACUCCUGGAUGGCCGUCCUCGGACUAGCGUUGUUUGUCAUUGCUUUCGCACCAGGUCUUGGACCCAAUCCAUGGACCAUUAAUUCGGAGAUUUACCCUCUCUGGGCCCGGGGGACAGGCACAUCACUAGCAACCUGUGUUAACUGGAUCGGGAACCUCAUAGUGUCAUUCACCUUCCUUAUACUGUUGAAAAAUAUAACAACAUACGGUACAUUUUAUCUUUUCUGUGGAAUCUCGUUCCUGGGUAUGGUCAUCCUGUUCUUCAUAUUACCGGAAACAAAAAACAAGACACUUGAAGAAGUAGAAGAAUUGUUCAUGUCCAAGGAAUACAAAGAGAAACGGGAUCGGGAACACAAGGAGAAAUACGCCGUGGACAACAACGGCUACACAGCGGAGAACUCCAAAAUGUAGCGGAAUCGGAAAUACUAUAGACCGGAAGUUAUGUCUUUAAGAUGGCAUAUAUGUUGACAAUCAUUAUACUUCCGCGAUCUCUUGACUGCUAAAUUUCAAUAUUUCUUAUUAGUAUACAUGUACAUGUAUAUUGUCACUUAUGC